AUGAGUGGCAAGUUCAGAGGAGUUCAAGCUGCUAUCAGAGAAAAACUACCAUUGGCCCUUUAUACACAUUGUUCUUCGCAUACACUCAACUUGUGCUUGUCAGAUGCAAGUAGCAUUUCCUCUAUUAGAAACUGCAUGGGUGUCAUUAAAGAAAUAUGUGCAUUCUUUCAUGCAUCAACUAAGAACACAGAGAUUUUAAAAUCCACGAUUUCAGAGUGCUUUCCUGAUGAAAAGAGAAAGAAGCUGAUUUCAUUGUGCGAAACGCGAUGGGUGGAGAGACAUGACUCAGUUAUUCUAUUCAAAGAAAUUUUAGAAGCUAUCAUACUCUCCCUACAUAAGAUAGAAGAAUCUAGUGUUUCAUCAACUAAAGCAUUUGCUUUAAGUCGUGCCAUUUGUACUUUUCCAUUUAUUGUUAAUCUUUUCAUUUUGAGCCAGAUGCUGUCUACUACACACAGCUUGUCUGAGACCCUUCAGAAAAAAAACAUUGACCUUAGUCAGGCUAUAAGCAACAUCACAACUGUUUUAGACCUACUGUCAAAACAGAGAUCAAAUGCCGAGCAAACGUUCAAACCAUUAUAUGAACAGGUGAAGACAAUAGCCUCCAAACUUUUUGUCACAGAGGAGCUUCCACGAUUUUGUCGGCUUCAAACAACACGCAACAAUGUACCUUAUACCACAGAAGAAGAAUAUUAUAGACGAGCAGUUUAUGUGCCAUACCUGGAUGAUUUUUGUGAAGCGUUAAGGGAAAGAUUCCAAUCUCAUAAAGACACAAUAAUAACUUUACAAAACAUUCUUCCACAAUUUUGUAUCAGAACAGACAUCACUUCAUUAGAAGCUGCAUUGAAAUUAUAUGAACCAGAUUUGUCAUUUAACGACAUUGUGCGAAGUGAGUUUAAGCUGUGGCAAGAAAAGUGGAAACAGGAAAGACCUGAAGUUCUGCCAAAAACGGCGAUUAGUUCUCUAGAAAACUGUGACAAAGAUCUAUUCCCCAACAUUUAUAUCCUUCUAAAAAUACUAGCUGUCCUUCCCGUGUCAGUCGCUACCGUUGAAAGGACUUUCUCUAGCCUAAGAAGACUGAAAACUUACCUAAGGAACACCACAUCUGAGAAUAGACUAAAUGGUCUCGCAUUACUCUCUAUUCACAGAGACAUCACAGUUAGCGACGAGAAAGUUCUUGAUAAGUUUGCUAGUGUACCGAGAAAACUGGGGUUUGUUUUGUAA